GCCAAUCUGUACACUUUCGCAGCCGUGCCGAACGCCGCGGCCAUGUGGGGGCAUCUCCGCACCACCAUUGGGCUGCUGAGCGUCGCGACGCCUUCCGCGCCGUUCGUCGUGGCGGGGGGCGCGGGUGCGGGCGCGGCCUGGGUGCCGCGAGCGGUUCAGCUGGACGACCCCGCCCGCGCGGGCGCGGCGGGGGCGCAGGUGCCGCAGGACAUGGCGGGACAGGCGCCCUGGCGGCCGGCCCUCGGGGUGGCCGCGCCGCCGCCGGGGGCCCCCGCGGCGGCCGCCGGCGCCGGUGGAGCCGCCCCUGGCGCCGCGGCGGCGCUGCCUGCGGGCCCUGGCGCGGGCGCGGCAGACAGGCGCGCGCGCCCGCUGGUGCGGGAUCCCGCAGGGCGGCGGCAGCUCGACUUCGCGCUUGCCGCCCAGCGGGCGACUUCCACGCCCCAGGCAGACUGGCCGAUCAAGGGGCCCCGCACGACCCAGUGGUGCCCGGAUCAC